GUUUGCCGGAAGCGCGCCGGAGGAUGAAUCAUGGCUCUGAAGGCCGCGGGCCAUGUGUCUGAGGAAACUUUAUCACUCUGGAAACGGGAGCAAGCCCGGCUGAAGGCCCUCCUGGUAGACCGGGACGCGGAGGCCUGGCAACGGGACCCCGCCUUCUCGGGACUUCAGAGGGUUGGGGGCGUGGAUGUGUCCUUCGUGAAAGGGGACAAUGCCAGUGCCUGUUCUUCCCUGGUGGUGCUCAACUACCCCGAGCUCGAGGUGGUGUAUGAGGAGAGCCGAAUGAUCUGCCUGACGGCCCCUUACAUAUCAGGCUUCCUGGCCUUCCGAGAGGUGCCCUUCCUAGUAGACGCGAUCCGACGGCUGCAAGAGAAGGAGCCAACCCUGAUGCCCCAGGUCCUUCUUGUGGAUGGAAACGGGGUGCUCCACCACCAAGGCUUUGGGGUAGCCUGCCAUCUUGGUGUCCUCACAGGGCUGCCCUGCAUUGGGGUGGCCAAGAAACUCCUACAGGUGGACGGACUGGAGAACAAUGCUGUGCACAAGGAGAAGAUUCGGCUCCUCCAGGCUGGGGGAGAUACAUUUCCUCUGAUGGGCAACUCUGGGACUAUCCUGGGAAUGGCCCUCAAGAGCCAUGACCACAGCACCAAGCCCUUGUACAUUUCUGUAGGCCACAAGAUGAGCCUGGAGGCAGCUGUGCGCCUGACCCAUUGCUGCUGCAGGUUCCGGAUCCCAGAGCCCGUGCGCCAGGCUGACAUCCGCUCUCGAGAGUACAUUCGCAGGACUCUGGGACACUCCGGGCCACCUGUAUCAGGGCAGGAGAGGAACCAGAAGGGACCAAAGUUAGAGGCAUACCCCAAAGGAGGUUUGGUAGAGCCAGCAGGAGAGGGCACGCACCCUGAGGACCCCAGCAGAGGCCCUGAGACAAGCCUGGAUACUGCAGCCGGGCUGCUGGGAGAAGCGGAGCAAGGCCUGGCAGUUGCUGGGAGCUGGACACCGUGAAGAUGCCAACUGUCAGCCUCCCACUCCAGCUCAGGACAGUAACCACCCCAGGAAUGGUUGCUAGGGACGGUGGGUGCCUGCUCUGGUAGAAACACUGACCAGAGGCCCCAGCAGGACACCGCUUGGGUUGUUGGUUGUCCUGCCUCCUCUAGCAUUGAGUGAUCUGUCUGAUCACUGUCCCAGGACAGAUGUCCCCAAGGUGAGUGCCAGACCAGAACAUUAUGAGAUCACUCUCCAGAGCACACAGGGGAUUUGGGGUUCAGAUGCCCAGUGGGCCAGAGACUGGCAGCCUGUGCAGGUGCCCACAGCUCCUCCUCUGCUGCCCCAGUUCUUUCAGACUUCUGCUUAAACCAUACCCCACCAGCCAAAGCAGGCCACCCCUAUAGCUGGGAGGGGCCCAAGCUGCACGGCCCCCUCCAGUACCACCCACAUGUGUUCUUAUGCUAACCUGCCCAUCCUCCAGCCUGCCCACUCUGGGUAGGGCCCAAGAGAGUCCCCAAGUCCACCGGUUGUUCUCCCCAAUUCCUGCCUCCUUGCUUCAAUACCAUCCCUGCAGUGGGAGGAGCCCAGUCCCAGCCCAGCAGGCUGCUUCCUUCCUAAGUCUGUGCUGAUGAGGCAGCUGAGACGCAAGACACAAAGGGUGGCCUGCUCCAGUCUGUCCCUCCCAGGUUCCCAGAGGGGUUGACAGGUGGUAGAUAGGUCUGGCUUCCCUAGUUCUGGGUCAGGAUGGAGGGGAAAGAAAAGGAGGGUUCCAGAGAUGAAGGUGCCUAUAUGCUCAGUGUACCAGGUUCUGCUGAGCCAAAGGGAUCUCUCUCUCGCUCAUUCUCUGUCUCUCUCUCUCUGUCUCUCUCUCUGUCUCUCUCUCUGUCUCUCUCUGUCUCUCUGU